AUGGCCUCAUCCUCGACACCAGCGACGCCCCUCCUCUACUCCUGCAUAGCCUACGAAAACACUGUCCUGGCCGAACACACCACUUCCGCCAUCUCUGGCACGUCUGGCUUGGCCUCUGUGAUUCUACCCAAGAUCUCUCACGACAGCCCGCAGAAGCUCACCUACACCCACAACGAGAACUUCAUCCAUUACAUAGCCGAUGCCGCACCCUCAUCCAACAAGCCGGACAGUCUAAAUGGCGCCGGCCUCACAUAUAUGGUGGUUGCGCGAGCGGAAUUAGGCAAGCGCAUACCAUUCGGAUUCCUCGUCGAGAUCAAGAAGCGUUUUUUGAGGGAAUAUGACCCGGAGCGCACGCAAUUCGGGAGCCUACCAGCAUACGGCGCGGCAGCCUUCAACGGAAACCUGAAGCACUUGAUGGUGGAAUAUGGGACCACAAAGGCAGGAAAGGACGAUGCAUUCGCGAAUGUGCAGAAUGAGAUUGAGAAUGUGCGAGGCAUAAUGACGGAGAACAUCGAGAGGGUGCUGGAGAGAGGAGAGAGGAUCGAUCUGCUGGUGGAUAAGACGGAUAAGCUUGGUGGCAGUGCAAGAGACUUCCGCGUGCGAAGCAAAGGGCUUCGAAGGAAGAUGUGGUGGAAGAAUGUGAGAUUGAUGGUUCUUAUGGUUGUGGUGAUCGUGUUUUUGAUAUACCUUCUCGUGGGCUUCGGGUGUGGGCUUCCUGCAUGGGGCCGAUGUAUUCACCACUAA